GGCUGCUCUGCCGGGGCGUGCGGCCCAGGCUGCGGGCAGCGAGACCCCUUGGGGUAACCCCGGUGGGGAGAGCCAGGGGCAGGCUCUGUGGAGCGCUAAGGGCCAGGGGGGAAUGACAGGAUGGGGCGCUCUGAGAAGCCAUGUGGGUCCCAGAUGCCAUGGGGAGAGGCCGCCGUUCAGGGUCCAGGGUGAUGAGCCCCUGCCUGAGGUGCCCGUGGAGAGGCUCUCCUGCUGCGGGAAGACGCUUACAACCACCACCAAGAGGCUCCAGGAGAUGUCAGAGAUAGCCAAGCCGCCCCAGGAGAUAUCAGACACAGAUGAGCUGCCUACUGUGGCCCUACCAGUCAUGCCCAGCAGGGUGCCAUCCCCAGAGACUGGGAAGGAUCCUUCUGGGAUCAAGCUGCCUCCCUGGCUUGGGAAGUGGGGGACCAGCCCCGAGGAGGAGUCCCCCUCCACACUGCCGGCGCUACCCUCCACCCCACCCACGCUGGCAGAGAAGCCCAGCCAGUCGGUGCCCCAGCGAAGCCACGUGACCCAUGACUGGCAGAAGGAGGUACUCGUGGAUCCCCUGGACUCUCGGCCACAGAAGGAUUUGUGCAGUGAGGACUUACAGCAUGGCUACGAUGGACUGCCAAUCCACCAGUUUCUCUCCUCACUCACUGACAGCUCCCUCCCGAAGAACUGCCCACCCCUCAGGGCCAUGCUGCUGGGGCAAGGACAGCGGAAGGCCACACUGGCAUCCAUGCUCUAUGAGAAAUACAGGCAAGCCUGCACUCCCACAUGAGAUCCACCCUUGGGGCUAUGCCCCAGAGGAGGGGACCUGGGGAGGCAGGGAUCCCAGAGCUGAGAGGUGUGGGGUCUGCUCUGACUGCAGUAAGGAGACAGAGGAGGAGAUCCAUCCCCGCCCGAGGCGCAUGGAAUCUAUCUCCACCACACAUCACGACUACCGUGCCAUGGGUUUCCAGUCCACACCCCAGCCCACCACCCAGCGUCACAAUUACUUAACGGAGCAGCCAACCAGCUUCUGGCUGGAGCAAGCCCGCGGGCAGCCGGGUGUCACUGCCCUCUUCGGCAGAAACAUUCCCUUCAAGAGGAAUGCAGACUUCUCCACUCCCAUUACCAUGUACUUAGGGCAUCCCGAGCCCUUCAACCUCUGUGACCCUUAUGACCCCCUGAGCAGACAGCUCCAGUCCCACAAGUAAUAAAACACAAGGGGACACAGGUGGUCCCAGCAUCCUUGCCUACUCCAAGCCUGUCCUCAAGCUGCAUGUU